AUGGGUGAUGCACAACAGCAGCCUGGUGCAACCGGUGCCCACAUAGGAGGAGCUGUUGGUGUUACAGCUGCUGCUCUGCAUUCCGCUGCUCGUGUGGCCAAUAAAGGUCGACUCCAACACGUACUCGGCGUUGCAUCGCUUGGAUCUUUUUUGGCUGGUCUCCGAAGUGCCUACAAACACACUCGGCAACCUGAAGCUGUUGAUUUGUGUAGGGCACAGGUACUUUCUGGUGUCGGAUUCGCUGGCAAAGCAUUGGGUGUAGCUACAGUCAUCACAGUUUCUGGCUUUUCAUUAUUCAUAAUCGGCAUAUCGUGGGCUCUCAAGGUGAAUACUCCGCGCCAGUUUGGCACCGCCAUGCGCGAGGCCUUUGGAGAUUCAUUACGACUUCCACAGAGCCAUAAGUCUCAAACAUUUGAGGAAGAAAUGCUUCCACUAUUUAUUUUGUUUUUUCUUCUUUUUCUUGUUGUCCUGCUGUUGUUCGCACUCCGCAGCAAUAGACCGCUGCCUUUACGACCAUCAUCAAAGGUGUUGCUUGUCAUCGCUCACCCUGACGAUGAGACCAUGUUUUUUGCACCAGUGUUGCGAGCAUUAAGUGCUGCCAAUCAUCGUGUCUUCAUUUUAUGCGUGUCCAAUGGGAAUUUUGAGGGGCUGGGAAAAAUCCGUAACAGAGAGCUACAAGAGGCGGUUCCAUUCCUUGGCGUUACAUCAUCAGACGUCACUGUACUGGACUAUGAUGCUUUCCCAGAUGGGGGACAGUGGGAUCGCCAAGCAUUAAGCAAUGUUCUGCUCCGGCACAUUGAGGUAAAAACAGCUGUUCUAAAUGAAGAGACAUGA